AUGGCAGCAUAUUAUACAUAUAAUUUCUUACCUCCAAUUUCAUCGGAUUUUGAUUCUCUUUUACACGAUUUUGAACAAGAACCUAAUCAUGAUUAUCAAUCAUUUGCAUUUGUAUGGCGAAAACAUAAACUUGAAUUACUUUUUAAAUCUGCAGAUAUUCAACCAAAUUCAUUUCGAUUCUUUCUUGAUGAUUCAAUGACAGUCGCUGCUGCUUAUCUCGGUGAACCAUGGCGUUUACCUAUACAACUCGGUGCACUCUACUGUUUAUUCACAAUAUAUAUGUAUCAAAUAGAAGAACCAAAAGUUAAAGUUCGAUUAACUAUAGAUACAUGGAAUUCUUUUCUUGAUCAAAUGGAAUCAUCAAGAGAUGUACCAUCGGAUGCUAAAAUUAUUUUAUGUAAACUAAUUAAUGAACAUGCUUUUGUUAUUAGUGCAACACGCCAUGAGAUGGGUCCUCGGUUUUUUACUAAAAUCAAUUAUAUGAAAUCGGGAAAAUAUAUGCGUUCAGAUGUAUUACUUUCAUCACGUUUAAAUAUUGAUGAAAAACUUGUUAAGAUAUGUGAAGAAACACAUAACUUAUAUACGAAAGCAAAAGAUAGUUUAAUUGAAGCAUAUGGUGGUAUUGAUAGUCUACCAGAAGAAUUUACAUCAAUUCGACCAAAUUUUAUUGAACAAUUAAAAAAAAGUUUUGAUAUGGAAAAACUUGAUGAACAAACAGAAAUACAACCAGAACCCGAAACAGUAACUAAACGUCGAUCAUCAAUUGGUGAAUCUCGAAGUCGAAUUCGAGCUAAAGCUGAAAUGAUUGAUCGUCCAACAAAAAAAACUUCUAUUAAAGAUGAAUAUAUGCAUGACGAUGAUGAUGAUGAUGACGAUGAUGCAUAUAAUCAGUUGAUGUAUAUGAAUACUAAUAAUAAUGAUGAUGAUGAUGAUGAUGAAGAUGAAAUACCUAGAAAAAAACAGACCACUAAAUCUAAAACGAAAACUCGUCGUUCAAGAAAAACGACGAAAUGA